GUCUGCAAAACCCAGCGGCGGUUACGCUUGUUAAAAAUGGAAGAAAGUGAAAACUCAGCUUCCUCUGUUCUUUCUUCGUUCUCUUUGAUGAUCUCUCUAUUAAUCUCUGCACAAAUCGAAACCCUAAAACUCCUCUCUCUCUCUCUCUGAGGACUGUAAUCGCUUGUCCUCUUUCUCCACUAACAGAACCAUGGAUGACGCAGAGGUUGCAGGAGCGACGCCAUCGCCUCUCCGUCGAAGAAACUCCAUAGCAACAUCGGUCGUCAUACCCACUAGGUUUACAGUCGCGACACCGAAGCCUAUCCACUCCUCCAGCCUUCGAAACGGCGCCGUAUCCUUAUUCCCACCGCCGCCACCGCUUGAUUUCGAGCUUAUUUCGCUUAAAUCGUCACAGGCCUACACCUCCCUCAAAGACCUUCUACCCUUCGCCGCCGUCAACUCUCCGACUUCCGCCUCUGCUUCGGCCUCCGAGAUCUCUAUCCGCAACCGCCUCGUCAAACAGGCUGCCUGGGCCUACCUUCAGCCCACUAUCUCCCCCUUGCCGGACUCCUCCAGCUCACGCUUCCUUCUCCGCCACCUUUGGCUCCGCUUCUCCUCAUGCUUCUCCGCCAUCGCCCGAUUCUUUGAUCGAGUACUCCGGUUCUUUACAAUCCCAAUGAUGCGCAGAUAACGAUCACUACUACAGUUGAGUAUUAUCUUUUUUUUCUUAUUUCUUCUUAUCAUUAUUAUGAUCCGAAAAGAAAAAAACGAUCCUUUACGGAGUCAGAGACAGUAAAAGAACUGAAAAGAAUGAAUUCAAUUUGAAAUUCAGUUUAAGUACAACGAUGAAAGGAUCUUCUUUUCCUUUCUGGGUUUCUCUAUCUUCCUUUUUUUCGGGGAUUUUUUUAUAUUACAAUGUCUACUGCUGUGGUUUUGUACGACGGAGUCUGAAACGAGCUUCAUGGAGCCUGUCGCUCAUAGGCGAGCUGGGUGGAAUCUCCUGCUCAGGAACAGUAGCUUCCUCAGAUUGAUUACGGAAGUGGGCCUGCGCAGCAUUUGAUCUGGGUGAGUCGCUCAUGCCACGGGUAAAUACUGUGGCGGCUGGUGUAGGAGGGGGUGUUGGUGGAAGCCACUUCUUGUUUUUGCUUGUUUGCCUCGCCGGCGACUUCAGCAACGACAGCGACACAUUCGCCGGCGCCGGCUGUGGCGGCUCCUCGUUCUGGUCCUCCUUUUCACCAGACUUCUGGAAAGUUUAGGUUUGGUUAGAAUUUCACACCACAA